CGCAGCGCCGAGCCCUAGUCCGCCGGUCCAGCGAGGCAGAAAGUUGAUACCGCUUUGGCGUCUUCCCUAUGGAACAUCUUCCCUCAACACUAGCAUGGAUCUGCAGUGCGUAGCAUGAGUUUGCAUGCACGUUUGGCUUUUGUUCGUCAUUGAGGCUGGUGCACUUCUAUAAUGGGUUCACGAUCAAAGAACGAAGAUGACAAGGCUCUUGUCUUGUGCCAGGAAAGAAAACGAUUUGUUAGAGAAGCUCUUGACGGGAGAUGUGCUUUUGCAGCUACUCAUUUCGCUUAUAUUCAGUCACUGAGGCACACGGGAUUUGCUCUGAGAAAAUUCGUAGAGCCUGAAGUGCCGACAGAUUCGUCACUGUUCACAUCAACAUCUGCCACUCCAGAGCCUCCUACAAUCAUGCAGAAACCGAUGACCAUAUCUCCAUCCCUUUCACAUCAUGCUAGUGACUCUUUCUCCCCAGUUCCCUCACCAUUAUCUUCAGGACGUUUCCAUGUUAAUCAUAUGAAAGCUGGGGGCAAUUCAGUGACAACUGUUAAGGAGAAGGUGAUUGAACCUGUGACCGCAACUCUCGAAACAUCAUCCCCUGUGCGUGGACAAGCUAUCCAUGACCUGGAUGACAGUUCAACGUUUGAAGCUCCCCCUGGAACACCACCAUGGGACUACUUUGGCCUUUUCCAACCUGUUGAGAGCCAGAUGUCAUUCCAUGAUGACAAGGAACUUGGUCAUGACUUUGAGAAUGAUGAUGAUAUCAGGCGUCUUCGGGAGAAAGAGGGAAUCCCAGAACUUGAAGAGGAACUGGAGAAGUCUCCUGCUUAUCCUGAUUAUCUAAAGCGGCGCCUAGGACAGGAGAAACCUCCAGAUCUCAAAGAUGUUGAGAAAUCUCCUAUGAAUGGUGGAGAGGAUGAUCUUGCAUUGUCAGAAGAUGAUUUUGACAAUCCAACAUCUGAAUCUUUAGUGCGGAUGUUCAAGAAUCGCAAUGAUACACCCGUUGCACAUAUUGCAACAGAUCAUUCAUCCACAUCGCUUCCUAAAGAUGACUUAGUUUCAGAAACGAUUGAUUCUCAGCCUGAAAGACCAAAAGAUGACAGAGCAGUUGAUUCUCAGACUGAAAGACUAAAAGAUGUCACGCCAGAUGAUCCUCAGACUGAAAAACCAAAAGAUCAUGCCGGAGUUGAUUCUCCUACUGAAAAAACAAAAGAUCAUCCUGGAGUUGAUUCUCCUGCUGAAAAACCAAAACAUGACAUGAGGGUACUGGACAUUAGCAUGUAUGAAAGUGACGAAACGCCUGUUACAAGUCCUCCGAAAGAAAUUUCAUCUUCAACUGCUGCGUUUCAAGUUAAUGGGAAAUUCAAGAAACCUUUACAUGAUGUAAGGAAUGUGGCGAGGGAUUUAAACUCUUGCAUUAAGGAGAUUGAGAUCUUGUUUAUCAAGGCAUCUGAUUCUGGGAAAGAAGUCCCAAGGAUGCUUGAAGCAGACAAAGUCAAUUUCCGCCCUUUACUACCAGAAGAAAAAGCGCCGGGAUCAACAGCAUCAGGCUUUUUUGCAACAUUAUUUGCUUGUUGCAGAGAGGAAGUCCCUCUUCCUCAACCUCCUCCUCAGGCCGAAGUGAAGUACCUUACCUGGCAUAGAUCAAUGUCUUCACUUUCUUCAUCAUCUAGAAUUCCUCUUGGGACAACAUCGAAGGAAGACACUGACGGUCUCAAUGGAAAUAUCUUUGGUGGUGUAUACAUGAAUUCAGGCAGUCAUGCCUCCACACUGGACAGGUUGUAUGCAUGGGAGAGAAAGCUUUAUGAUGAAGUCAAGGCAAGCAGUGUAGUUUGCAGGCAAUAUGAUGAGAAAUGUAGGCAGCUAAGACACCAGGAAUCAAGAGGAGAAAGCCAAAUGAGUAUUGACAAAACCCGUGCUGUUGUGAAGGAUUUGCACUCCAGAAUUUUAGUGGCCAUUCAGAGAAUCGACAUGAUUUCGAAGAACAUAGAGGAUCUAAGAGACAAAGAGCUUCAACCACAACUAGAGGAAUUAAUUGGAAGUUUGACUCGCAUGUGGGCAACAAUGCUUGAGUGUCACCGGCAUCAACACGAUAUCAUUAAACUAGUAUCCAGCACUCGCAACAUGAAGACCUCAAUUCGGUCAGAAUCACAGUUCCAAGCAACUCUACUCCUUCAGGUUGAGCUGAACACAUUAUGUUCAAACUUUCAGAAAUGGAUAGCAUCCCACAAAGCAUAUUUGCAGAGCCUAAAUUCAUGGCUACUCAAGUGUGUGAAGGCACUACAAAGGAAGAGGAAGAGUUCCAGGAAAAAGAACAUCAAAGCUGAUCCAAUAACAAAGUAUGCUGUUGCGCCCAUAUUUAAAACCUGUGAGAGCUGGAUAAAUUUGUUGGAUGAUUUACCAACGGAUUUGGAGGAUGCUAUUAAGGACCUUGCUGCUGAUAUAAACCGUUACGUGCCACAUCAAGAGAAGCAACGAGGCGGUUCAAAGCUAACUCUCUCGUUGUCCCGUAGUGGAAGGUCAAACGGCGAGAUGGGUGAAGUCCACAGGAGUUAUACCCCUAUGGAUUUACAAUCAAGUUUGGAGACAUUUCUAGGGAAGCUUGAAAUGUUCUCUGAUGUUUCAUUGCAGAAGUACAUGAAGCUCAAAGAGGAUAUUGAUGAGGCGAAGGAGAGGUAUGAGGAGGCGCAGGCAGCCCAGCGGAUUUAAUUUCUGGCACAGAACAUAACUAGUCAUGUAGAGAUGUCAUCUAGUGUCGGUGUAUGCUUGUUGAAAUAAUAGGCAUAAAUUACUUUUGCCAUUUUGUAAGUUGCAAGAUAAGCCUAGGAACAAAAUUGUAGAGUACAUGCUAAAAUAUGCCGCUGAACUGCGGUUGUAAAUGUGAGGUGGUGAUAAUUGAAGUCGAAGUUGCGGGGGA